AUGACGACCAGCACAGCCCGCUCAUCGUCGCUGUUCCGCUUCCCGAGAGUCCCCACGCCACAGCAGUCGUUCGCAGGCCUUCCGCCCCCCAUCGCCUUCACGCCGGAGCAACAGAAGCACCGCACACGCAUCGGGAUGGUGAACUGCGACUUCUUGCAGUUCUGCAAGAAGGACCAGAAAGGUGGCUGGCGCUACUGCUUUAUGCGUCACGAGAAGUGCCUCAAUGGGGAUCUGGAUGCCAUCAACUGGACACCACCCCCGCGAGGCAGCAUGGGCAGCACAGCUCCAUCCUCAGCGGAUGCAGCAGCGGCGCCUCCCCCGCCACCUGCUCAAGCGAUGGCGUUUGAUCGCGAGCCCUUCAUCUUGUGA